AUGGAUUUUAAGACGCUCAAAAACAAAGGCAAACUCAUACUGAAAAAACGAGAGAAGCUGACCGAAGACGUGGUUAAUCGUUAUACAGAUGAGGAAGCUCAACUUCAGUUGAACUUACUGGAAGAUGCUUUCAGUAAGUACAACGAAGCCUACGAUUUGAAAAUAGUGGAAGCCAACGACGAGGAAAUCGACAAGCUCAUAGAGGAUUUAGAAACGGUCAGUGACUACUAUGUUAAAGCUAAGGGUAAAUUAACAGGUCGGUUACAUGAACGGACAGCUGCGACAAGCGUGUCUGAAAAAAGUGAAAACUCUAACAAUACACUUAGACUGCCACCGAUUAAUAUACCUACAUUUGAAGGGGAUUUCGAUGAUUGGUAUCCAUUUAAAGACCAAUUUAUCUCCAUCAUCCAUUCUAACACCUCUAUCGACAACACACGUAAGAUGUACUACCUCAAGUCGAGCUUGAAAGGUUCAGCAGCUCAAAUCAUCGAAUCAAUGGCAACUAUUGGGGACAAUUACCUAGAAGCGUGGACACUCUUACUAAAUAGGUACGACAACGAACGCCUAAUUGUACAGAGCCAUGUUCAACAACUACUGACACAAACCGUUCAUCAAACGGAAACCGCCGUGGGCCUAAAGUCAUUACUUGAUAACACAAACAAACAUUUAAGAGCACUCUCAGUACUACAUCAACCAGUAGACAAGUGGGAUGCUAUCAUCAUCGGCAUCGUUGCGACACGUUUGCCUACAGAAGUAAGAAGAUGUUGGGAAAUCGAGUCUGCGUCUUAUCCUGAAAUACCUACAUGGACAAAACUUAAGAGAUUUAUCGAGAAUCGAUUACAAGCCUUGAAUAUGUUACAAUACAAACCAAGCACUGUAAGUAAUGUUAUCAAUGCUGCUAAGACAAAACAGUUCGUUAGAACUACAGCGCAUUUGGCGACUGAUAGUCAAACCAACAAUCAGUGUUCAAUAUGUGCACAGAACCACAUCAUUUACAAGUGCAAUACGUUUAUGAAAUCAAAACCCAGUGAAAGAUUGAGUUUAGCAAAAAAGGCAAAAAUAUGUUUUAAUUGUUUACGCACAACACAUGGUGCGAAUCAGUGCACAAAUGAAAAGACUUGUAAAAACUGUGGUUUAAAACACCAUACAUUAUUACAUUUGGACAUAAAAAAGGUCAAUACACCAGAGGGUGAAAAUACUUCAAGUGACCAGGAAAAGGAGCAUGGGUUUCAAAGUACAACAUCUCAUCUUGGAGCAGCAUACCCUACCACAUCUCAGAACGUCAUAUUAUCAACAGUAUUAGUACAUGUGAGUGGCAAGAAUGGCCGAACAGUGUUAUGCCGAGCACUCCUAGAUUCUGGAUCACAAUCACAUUUUGUCACAUCGUCUUUGAUAACGGAACUAGGUAUUAACAGAACAAAAACACGUGUGAUCGUCAACGGUAUCUCUUCAGCAGAGACGACUGUCACCGAGAUGGCCGAGUGCACAGUGACGUCACGCUUAAACCACAAGCAGUAUCAAAUUACUGGCUUGGUGACACCACGUAUUACUGUUAACCUACCUGUCGACAAACUGGACACAUCAAACUGGCAUCAUUUACAAGGCAUACAAUUGGCCGACCCUACAUUCUAUUUACCAGGAAAAAUCGACAUGCUGAUAGGAGCUGAAUUCUUUUAUGACAUUCUACAAGAUGGCAAACAUGUUGGACCAAAGGGUACUCCUAUAUUACAGAAUUCAAGGUUUGGUUGGAUCGUGGCGGGUUGCAGUAAUAACAUAAUAAAAGAUGAUCUCGCACAUAUCACUACAAAUGUUAUCACAUGUUGUACCACGUAUCAGCAACUAGAAAAACAAAUUGAAAAUUUCUGGAAUAUAGAAGAAGUGCCUAGAGUGACAAUUAUGUCAAAGGAAGAUAAACUCUGUGAAGACCACUUUCUUAAAACAUUUAAACGCAACAAAAAUGGACGUUAUGUUGUUCGAUUGCCGUUUAAGGAGACUCCACAUUCUAUGAACAGUUCAUAUGACGUUGCUGUACGAAGACUAGCUCAGGUGGAGAGGUCUCUUAUCAGAAAUCCGUCGGUGUACAACCAGUAUCGUGAGUUCAUGAUUGACUAUCUUCGACAAAAUCACAUGGAACUUGUGCAACCCACUGAAGACAGUCCGGUUAUCUUUCUACCUCAUCAUCAUGUUUCACGUCCCUCAAGCGUCACUACCAAAUUGAGAGUCGUGUUCGAUGGAUCUGCUCUCAUCUCUCAACUAGCUGUUGAUGAACAAGUGAAUUAUCCAGAAGGAUCCACAAUACUUAAGAAUGACUUCUACGUUGAUGAAGUCAUGUCAGGAUGUAACGACAUCAAUGAUGCUAAAGCCCAAAUACAGCAGUUGAUUGACCUUCUUCAUCAAGGUGGGUUUGAUUUGAGAAAGUGGGCCAGCAAUACACCAACCCUUUUAGAAAAUAUUCCAGCUGAACACCAAACGUUGCAGAUCUCAAUGCCCGAACAAAACAGUGUGUCUGUGUUGGGAGUUUCAUGGAACACUACAAGAGAUACCUUUUCAUUUAAAGUUGAACCUCUACCAUGUUUGGAACGCAUCACUAAACGCGAAUUAUUAAACUCCACAGUCACACUACAGUGGAUACAAAGUGACGCCAACAAAUGGACCACUUUUAUAUCCAACCGAGUUAGCCAAAUACAAUCAUUAGUUCCGAGAGCUGAGUGGCGACAUGUACGUUCUGCAGACAACCCUGCUGACCUGGCAUCCAGAGGAGCUUCUGGUGAUCAACUCGUAAAUGACCAUUUUUGGUGGCAUGGACCCAGCUGGCUGUCUGAAAAGGAUAAGUGGCCAGAUUUCAAUUCAAAAACUACAACGGCUUCAGAUGCAACUGAAGAGUUAAAACAUCUACCUACUAUCACUGUAUCACUGUUGAGCAAUAUUGAUCCAAUAGGGCAAGACCUAUUGAUGAAAUGUUCAAAUUACGAACGCCUCAACCGCAUCGCUGCUUACAUCUAUCGAUUCUGUUACAAUUGCAAAACACCAAGGCGGCUGUCAGGACAUAUUACUGUGCCAGAAUAUAAACAAGGAGUACUUUUCUGGAUCCGUAUUGCACAACUCUCUGUUUUUAGCGAUGAAAUGAAACGAAUCAAGUCAUCCAAACCAGUUGCGACUAAUAGUGUGUUAGCUAGUCUUGAUCCUUUCAUUGAUAAUGAAGGUUUGCUACGCGUUGGUGGAAGACUUCGGUAUGCUAACAUAUCCUAUGGCCACUUCAUUAUUGGACGUUCACUGUUAGCUGUUCCUGAAGACGACAUCGGGCCUAUUGUCAACCAUCGAAAGCGCUGGAACAUUUUACAAAGAAUCACCCAGACUUAUUGGAAACAGUGGUCAAAUACUUAUCUAAAUAAUCUGCAACAACGAUCCAAAUGGCGCAAACCUCAAGAUGAUUUAGCUGUAGGCGAUAUAGUCAUACUACGUGACACUGGAACACCUUCUACUCAAUGGCCCAUGGCGCGUGUAGUCGAAGUAUUUACCGAUCCUGCGGACAAUCAUGUACGAGUCGUACGCAUACGCACCUCAAAAACUGAACUCAUACGUCCUAUUACAAAACUAGUCAAACUUCCUAUUGAACAUUGA